UCGUUCAACUGACCAGUCCGUAGUCCUACUGACCUCCGCCCGGGAACCGCCAGCCAGCUGGCAAGUGGAGCACGCAACUUCAAAUGGCUUUGUUGUGUAGUAGCCACCACUAGCCACUAACCCCCAGUGUAUGUGCGCUCAGGGGUAUCAUAUAAACAAUUGGAAUGCAGCCGGCGAAAAAAUAUGCAAGACUCACUAAUACAAAAAUCAAUAAAAUAAAAUAAGAAGUCCCAACCAGACAUAGAGUUCUAGUUCCAGAAAGGAAAACAUACUAUUAAGACCACCAUGGAUAUCCCCAGCAGCGGAGCCAUCUUCACCCUCGGAAAGUCACACCUGGCGGAGAAUACGCAGAGCUACUUCUACAUCAAGAACGAUCCUGUGAAGCGCCUGAUUUCCGGUCCCAACCAGAGCGCCGUCAUAUGCGAAUCUGGCCGACUAUUUGUUUGGGGCGAGAACCACUACGGGCAGCUCGGGAUUGGCGGCCAUGGCGGAGCCGGCGGAGGCAAGAAGGGCGGCAGCAAUAACAACGGCGCAAGCAACGGGGAUGUGGUCACCAAGCCCACCUGUGUGAAGGCCUUGAAAACCCUGGGAUUGAGGAUCUGCGACGCCGCCUUCGGCAACAACUGGGCCGUGAUGCUGACACACUCCAAUGAAAUAUUUUUCACGGGCCGCAACAUCUUUCCGGAGGACACCCAUGUGGCCCAGCACUUCAUCACUGUCCAGGUGGACCAGCAGCCGUGCAACAUCAUCCGGAAACCGUUUCGUCUGGAGGAGUUCGACGACUACCUCUCAAAGAGCGAGGAAACGGACAAUUUCAUGGCCGUUCAGGCGGGCAACGAGCACUUUGCCGUACUAACCAGCACUGGCAGACUUAUCGGCUGCGGCUCGAACGCCCAAAUGCAGCUGGGCGAGCUGGAGGUGGACUACGAUGGCCACCCCGUGGAGAUCACCUUGGAUGCCCCCGUGCAGCAAUUCGCCUGCGGACCCGAGUCCACCCUGGUGCUGACCGCUAGCGGGAACCUGUUUCUGACGGGCCACCUCAAUGAGUUCGUUUUUCCGCGCUUCACCGAGCUGCAGAAGAACCUGCCGCCCACGGAGCAGAUCAUCUUCAUGCACAUCUCGAAGACCAGCGAAGUCUACAUCGUCACCAAUGCGGGAAGCAUCUACCGCAGCUUUGAAUCCGUGCGGAACAAGAGCCUGGUCUUCCAGCGCUUUUACGACUACGACAGCGAGGAGAACGGUCCCAUCUGGAAGCUGCUGAAGGGGUUCUCCUUCUACGCCGCGCUGAGCAAGGCCAACAAGUUCUUCACGACCUUCUCGGAGAGCGGCCACCACCUCAAGACCUUCCGCGAGAUCUCAAAGUUCAAGAAUCUGCGCCUGCUGGACAUCGCCGUGGGCGACCAACACAUCCUGGUGCAGGGCAUCCCGCGCUCCUCGAUGUCCUCCGCCUCGGUGGGUGGUUCGGCCGAGCCCCAUCGCUCUAUCAGCAAGAGCUUUGUGCUGCAGCCGCCGGACACCAAUGGAAACGUCGAGGAUGGCAGGAGCCACAGCGCCAGAAGCCUAACCAAACAAAAAAGUGUGGAGGAAAAGGAGGAAGCACCUCUUGCGGCCACUGUGGCAGGUUUGGCAGUAGCAGCCAGUGCAGGAACAGCAGCUGCCAUGGAGGCAGUGAAGCAUUUAACCAAACAGGAGGAAAAGGCCCAAGAGCCGGAUGACGAGAAGUCGUCGGAGGAGGAGAAAGCUGAACCGAAAGACGUGAAUGGAAAUGGUAGCGAUGCUUUGGAGGUGAAUGGUUUGGACCACAUGGAAGGUAAGCCAGGGAGCUCUCCCAAAGAAGAGGCAGCUCCACCAAAAGAGUCUCCUAAGAUGGAAAAUUCCAAGGCCGAGGCUCCCAAAGAGCCAGCUAAAGAAAAGCAACAAGAAGAGGAAACCAUGAAGAUCGAACCAUCAGCACCGAUGGAAUCUCCUACCAAGCCAAUGGAAGUCAAGGAACCUGUCGUGGAAGUCAAGGAAUCUGCGGUGGAAGCCAUGGAAACAACAAUUUCAGUCAAGGAUUCAGCAAUGGAAGCUAUAAGUAAAGAAUCCCCAGCGAAACCCUUGGAACUGAUGCGGAAGAUGCCCACUCCACCAUCACAUACCCCAACGCCUCCAAAGUCAGCCUCAGCUUCGAUGGGCUCUCACGAUUCCUUACACACUAUUCAGGCAGCCCAUCCUCCGGAGGAAAAGUAUCUGCGUCCUCGCACUCCCUACCCCGAGAGCAGCGACUCCAGCACCCCGCAAACGAUCAAGAAGACACCCAUUCGGAACUUCUCCUACGAGGCAGCCAUGAACCACGACCACCUGGAGCGCACCUCGCCGGAGUUGGUGGACAGCCUGGAGACCGUUGAGGAGGUACCAGCCGCCAUCAUUUCAGUUAACACGCCCACACCGCCCACCGAGGAGGACGAGCAGCUUGCCGUGGAAAUAACCACAAAGAACGAUUCGAAGGACAGCAGCAAGGUCAUAAACGAGAUUCGCUUCAUCAACAACGGAGUGGAUGUCACGGCGAAUGUGGAGGAGCAGAUGGCGGAUACCCCGUUGGAAAGCUCGGUGGAAGACCUGGAGUCGGACGGGGAGCAGAUUAUGCAGCAGGUGGAGGAGCAUGUGGACAAGGUGGUCACCCAAACCGAAGAGGCGGCAGCAAAGGUGACCGAAGAAGUUAAAGAUUCCAUGGACUCCACCAGGAACUCCAUCCAGACAGCGGUGCGAAAGGCAGCCAACGGAGCUCGGGAUGCCGUGGAAGCUGCUGGCGAGCGUAUGGCCACCGGAGCUCGAGGAGCCGUGGAUGCCGUGGGUGAUGCCAUGGGAGCAGCCGGAAAAAGCGCCCAAAGAAUGGCCAACGAUGCCAUUCACGCGGUGGGACAGGCUGGUAGCAAUGCUGCGAAGGCGGCCUCGGACACAAAGGACUCCAUGGGCAGGGCCAUGGACUCGGUGACCAAUAAGAUUUCCAGCGAGGUUCAGGGCGCCAAGGAGAACAUUUCUUCCUUGUUCCAAAUCAAAGCUGCAAGGGAAGCGGAUCCUCAAACCACUCCGGUCUCCACACCGGACAGGUCCUCCAAGGAGGGCGCUCCAAAGACAAACACCACUAUGGGAUCCGGGGAGGAGGACGAGAGGACAACCGCGUCGGUGAACUCGAACCACAACUCGGCGGGCAAUGGAAUCAACAAUAUCUUCGAGCCGAGCAACCACUUCGAUCCCUACGAAGAGGAUCCCCUGGACGCGGUGGUGGAGCGUAGCAAGAAGGCCAUGCAGGACGACCUGCGGGCCAUGCAACUCCGGGGCCAGUCCCACGUGCAAGCGGUGGCCCAUGAAAAGGAGCAGGAGGCGAAGGGAUUCAUGCAGAACGUCCUUGACAGGCUCAAUUGUCGGAACGAGAGGGCGGUGAAGAUAGAAGAUGAAAUGCGCCCGCCGGCUCCGCACCACAACAAAAACAAAGUCAACAGCGAGCUGAGUCUGACGAAUGGAAACGGGAAUGCCCAGGGCGAGCAGGCAACGUCGCGGGUGUGCACUAUUUUAUAAAACUCGCACUA